AUGCUGGAGGAAGGGAAUGGUCGCGCUUCCGUCAACAAGAAAAUUCACGUAUGGCCCGGAGGGACUGUACCAUAUGUUAUGAACUCAGGACUGAGUAUGUAAACUCCUCCUGCAAGGCGCGCGUCCGUACGUGACCCAGGCCGGGCAUGCCUUCAUACGCGGAAUGAAUUAUUGCUAAGGGUAACCCCUUGUAGUGAUUAAACUGAACAGAUUUUUGUUAGAAUUUCUCGGUUGAAAACGUUACAUACGUCGACUCUUUCCGGGUAACCCCAAUUCGAUACCGGGGGAAACCCCGCCCGAAGGUGUAUAAUUUUCCAAUGUUCUCGUUGUUUAUUUCAGUAAAAGUAUCAAACCAGGUUAGCUUUUAGUUGUUCUGCCUGGCUUCCUUUGCUGAAAUUAACGCGCAACUUUGUAAAUAAUGUAUCACCCUCGCAUGUGUUUAGGUCUUUGGACAGUAAAAACACAGGGAACGGGUCAAACUCGAAUGAAACCGCGUAUCAAAGCUGUCUGGCUACCUGGGUUUCUGUAAAGGAAAUAUUUUUCAGUACUCCUGGUAAUGGUCGUAUCCGUGAUUUUUUAAAGAAAUCUACUCCCUUUUCUUCUUCAUACAACUCGUGGGACAUCACUACUUUCGAUAAUGGCCCAGUAUUAUCCUGAACAAUGACAUUGCUUCAGAUAUCAAGACAAUCCAAAAACUUUUACUUCUUUUUUUUUUUAAUUUUAUUUCGAUAGCUGCUUUAGCCAGGUUGGCCAUAAGCAAGGCCAUGAGGAAAAUGGAAAGCCUCUCAUGUAUACGUUUCAAACUCAGAACAAACGAACCCUACUUUGUCAGGUUCAUACGAGGGGACGGGUGAGUCCACUAAGAAACAUUUUCUGCUGUCAUUUUUGAAUGUCCAAUUUAAAAGCAUAACGCGUGCACCGUCCUCUUAUUGCUCAAAUCGGGCUGGUGACAAUCAAUCACGUCCAGGAAUUUUGUUGUAGUUUUGAUUAGUGGCUAAAAUUGUACACAAGGCUUCCCCUUGGUUUUUUUUUUGUUUGUUUCCUUGACAGCUGCUAUUCCUGCAUCGGUCGAACGAUGGAUAUGAAAGGACAAGUUGUUUCUAUCGGAUCUGACUGUGAGAAAGAAGGGAUUGUGCUACAUGAGCUGAUGCAUACUGUGGGCUUCUUUCAUACAAAUUCACGACCCGACAGAGAUGCUUAUGUCAUUGUGUAUUCAAAGAACAUCAAACCUGGUAAGCUUCAACUCGCUCCAAGGCUCUCUUUUCAUUCCUUCAUGGACGGGAAAAGAGAAAGACUCUGGGAACAAGAUUGGUUAAGCCCUAAUAAUCGGGAUUGCUUUGCCUCUGUUUCACUUUGCUCUGUAAUUGGUCCAGAAAACUCACGCUUCUUACUCGAUCAAUCAGAUUCAAGAAUUUAGCCACUUGCGACUUGGUCACAAGUGUUUUCCCACGCUUCAGUCAAUCUGCUGGUUUUUACUUAUUUUCACCCGAGGUUCUCCUCUCCUAUUGGCUCGUCGUAAUAUUUUCCUUUACUCUGAUUGGCUUUUGUGUUUACUUUGGUUUUGGUUUUACGACAUUCAAUCCAAAUUCUCUAUACUAUAAAUUUAGUUGUUAAUAAGUUACCCCCUUGAUUCAUAAGUCAGGAUUAGUUUGUUAUCUAAGUAAAGGUAAUUUCAUGUAAAGCACUGUUCAACCUUACUACGCAUUAUGUCAAAAACCAAUGAAUGAAGUUAGGGUUUUGAUAUUUUUAUGGCUGGGUAAAAUUUCCAUCAGGUUUUGAACGAAACUUCAGGAAGUACAGCCAUGGUCAGGUGGAUCGACUGGGUGCACCUUAUGACGUAACGUCAGUCAUGCACGUACCACGGGGGAGCUGGAGCCGUAAUGGGAGGAACACUAUAGAGUCACGCGCUGGAGCCCAUGUAGUUUUGGGUCAACAGAGAGGUCUAUCAGUUGUGGAUAAACAACAGCUUAAUCAGCUGUACAACUGUGGCGGCAAUAAGGGUAGGACUCUCUUCAAACCCCUAUGCCUCAAAUGCUUGCAGUAAUCCUUUAAAAUUAAACAUAGUGGUUUUAAGAAAGCCGAUAUCGCUUCAAUUGGAUGAAACUUAAGAACCCAACAACUUUUUAAAGAUGCUGGACUCGUAGAAACACUAUGAAAUCAUUGGAGUUGCCACGUGAUAAAGAACAAACCAAGUAAUACACUGUUUUCUAAUAAAUUGCUUUAUUCACAGGCUGUUUUGUCUCUGUGGGUAUCGAGAAAAGUCAAAUACGCGACUCACAAUUGCGCGCAAGUUCUUACAAGAUAUACCACGAGCCACACCAGGCUCGGUUACAUCUGACCGCGGGAUCCAAGGGGAAUGGUGCCUGGUGCGCUGCUCGAAGUAGAAGUGGAGAAUAUUUACAGGUACGUUAUCAUAUUUAUUUUUCUUAACAAACUAAAAGUUGCCAUCUACCAGUUUAAUAUCAAAAAUCGUCUUUUAAGUGGAAUGAAUACAAAUAAAGUCUGUGUUAGGUUCGAAGACAAAAAAUCGUUACUUGGGCUGCCUGUGGAAUGCCCGAGUUAUAACUUGGGCUUCGUUAUUAGUUUCCGUCUUAAGACGCAAAACACAGUCAAGUUCUCAUCACGUAUGCACAACCUUUUGACUCUGACGCAUGUGUGACGUUUUAACUAACGAGCACAUGACAUGGUGUAAUGGCGGACGAAGAGAAGCUUUCGCGGUGCAAAAUCAGACAGGAAACAGUUAUAGGAUAAACCAAUAAUUGCACAAAAAAACUUAGGCACAUGUAAGCACAUAGGGAAAAAACAAAGAUUCCUUCCAACAGAAAGCCCGAGUGAACGCAAAUAUGCGUCUAGUUUCUUCAUAAUGCUAGAAACGUCCAUUAGUUUAACAGGAACUUAUUCUACCUGUGGAGUCAGUAUCUUGAAAAGCAUUUUAAGAUCACCCUCCGACUCACAAGUAGCACUUGAGAACCUGAUCAUCAGAGAAUACCAAGCUAUAAUCUGGGAAGACGCAUACUCCCCCCUUCAUGAAUGAAUCAUUCGGGGAUAUUGCGCUGGUGCGGGGAGGUACAUUUUCCUUUAGCUCUCGUCACUAGCAGGAAGUUGGCGAGAACACGAGUAACUCGCGCGCUGGAAGGCCUUCCUGCGCGUGGAUUGUCGUUCGUGUACCGGUCCGACUCACGUGCACCAAUUUAAAUCUUACCUUUCAUCAGAAAGGCUUAUGUCUCAGUCAGUGUGUUAAGUUAACUGCAGUGGAAAGUGUAAGACUUUGUGCACCAGCAGUGGGGAGUCAUGUCCGUACACCAUGAAAUAAUUCUUGAAUCAUCCAACCUACCUUUCCACCCUUAUUUUAAUGGCAAAGCCAAAUCUCACUCUUAACUGUGGCUGUCCAAUGUAAAACCCAGGAAGAUCUGUUCAUGAGUUGUCUUCACGUGCUUUGUGUCACGAAAAGACAGUGAACUUUUGGUCACUUGACAGUUGCUGCUGCAGUAAUUACUGUUCUCCUUAUUUUGGAUUCCACUUCACAGAUUGACUUAGGCUCAAGACACAAGAUUACAGCAGUUGCAACACAAGGCAUAGCAAGUCUUUUCACGAAAGCCUGGGUAAAAGGGUACAAAGUUCAAAGUAGUGACGAUGGCCGCCGUUGGGUCUUAAACACACAGGUCAGUGGUGUAUCAUGCAUAAUUUGAAUGAUCGAGGAGUUGAUUGAGUUCGUUUUAAUAAUUCUUUAAAUAGGGUAUACUACUUAACAAAACGUGUUUGUUUACUGAGUACCUAUGGUUUUGAUGACUGCCAUGCACGCCGUAAAUUAUGGUAUCCUUUAAGUGCGCAAGACGCUACGGGUUCUGAGUAGAAAUUGCAUUUAAAUGUGGAAAGAAACCCAGGAUUGCUUUGGUAAUGCUUAAUCGAGGUCUGUGAUUGGUCCCAAAAAGUCGCGCCACUCUCUUUAAUUCGAUGCAAAACUAAAGCCAAUCGCGACUUGUGUCAUUCACGUUUUCCUCCGCUUCUAUCAGUUUGCUUGUUUUUACUGGGCUGUUCUGUGACGCAUUCUUUGCCCUGACUGGCCUUUCUGGUAACGUUAUUUUGGUUUUGGCGGCACUCAAUGGAAAAGUUCUCUAUCCCCUAGACCUCAACAUUAAAUAAAGUCGUAAAUCGAACUUGAGAUUUUAACCAAGCUUUUCCGUUCGUGCUACACCUGAGCAGCAGGAUAGAUAAGCCAAGCUCUCAAACAGGAUAUUAUAAUCAGAUAUCACUUUAAAGAGUGGCAAAAGAUGGCACGCCUCGCCUUAGUAGGUGGUCUACAGCCUUCUACUCAACAUAUAAACAGAAAUUUUAUAAUUCGUGUUUUAUAAGUUUCUUGAGCCUGCCCCCCCCCCUCUUUUCCCCCCAAAUAAUGUUGCCUGGUGCUUAAUAUUUUUAGAAACCAUCUCCAGUACCAGACAACUUUGAAAUAAGGGAGAGGGGGAGAUGAAUGGAAAAAUGUCAGAUAGAGUAAAGAUUCAAAAAUAAUUAAAACUUGCCUAGACUUUUGGCAGGCAUUGCAGUUUCCUAGCCUCAUGAUCGUAUACUGACUUUUCAACAGAUCUUGAGGGGAAAUUGGGACGCAAACUCCGUGCAGUACAACGCCCUCCGAACACCGUUUAGUGGUCGAUACGUACGACUUGUCCCAACUGACUGGUACAGCCAGAUUUGUCUACGAGUCGAGCUCUAUGGAUGCAAAUAGAUGAGAUUAAAGGUGAGAAGAGAAAAUAUAUUUUUAACUGGAUUGUUUUUGGCGUAUGUGCUCGCAGUACAUCGUCACACAACGAGCUGUAAAUUGCCUUGAUUUUCCACCGGUAGAUCGUUCAUUUGCGGACAUUUAUAUUGUCAUAUUCCAAAACAACAUGCGACUAAUUGCUUUUAAUGGAGGUAAAGCAUUUAAAUUCAGAGGUAACUCUGUCGGACAAAAGAGACUUGACGAAUUUAUGUGGUCAAACUGAACUUCUAUUGAUGGAGGACAGUCAUGUAAGAGGUAAAAGGAUCAUAUUGAGACUGAAAUAGCUAGCGAGCUGGCCCUCAUUAUCAGCCCUUUCGGGACGGGCGUUCCUUCGCCCGCGGGAAAGUUUGAUGCCUUGGUGAGAAAUCCGCAAGGGGUCUGGCACUAGUAAGAGGACCAGACCCCUGGAAAACCCCUCCACGAUAUCUCAAAUCUUCCCUCGGGCGGAGAAACGCGUUCACCACAGCACUGAUAAUUAGCGCCUAACAGCCGGCUAAGACUGAAUCCCCAUUAAGGGACUUAUCAGACCCGGUAGGGUCGGUCUCAUGGGAAUAAUUAACAACUGUUCGCUGGAGGCGAAGUGAAUAUUAUUGAAUAAUCCUCAAGACAAAGUUUUUGGCGUUUUUAAUUAAGGCCUAAAGCUCUUUCUUGUGCAUUCUCUCCAAAAUUGUUUUGAUAUAUAACUUUAGGCGAUUCUAAUUCACAUCACGUACCCCUCCCGCCCCCUACUCCUCUUCCUCUUUCAGGUCUAGGUCUCGCCUUAAAAAUGAAACUCUACCUUCUAUUUGUUGUUGUUGUUUAUUUUUUCCAACAACGGAGACUGACCUUGAAAGACAAGAACUUGACUCUUCAUCGGCAUCCUGAAGUAAAAUAGAUUGGAAACACUUACUUGACCGCCUUGAAAAGUGCUCUUACAACACUAUUCACAGUGCCGUCCGAUAUCUUUCCUUUUCAUUUCCUUUCAGGGCCAGCACAAAACGUUGUGCAUUCUCUCCCCAGACGAGAAGAGAAAGCGAGAUGUAUCAUGUAUGCUAGUUAAUUUUAAAUUUUGACCAGCUUAUUUAUCAAGGGAAAUUAAGUGAAGGACGACCAGGAG